AUGGCCACGCACCCGCGCGCCUGCUCCACCGCCUUCGAGCGUGUAAUGAUGACGCGCCCCGACGUGCUGACGUGCGUGCACGAGCCGUUCGGCGACGCUUUCUACUACUCGGCGACGGAGCGGCUGGGAACGAGGUUUGGCGGCGACACGCCAGAGAUGCAGAAGCUGCGCGAACAGAGUGGGUUCAGCGCCGCGACGUAUAAGGGCGUGCUCGAGAGCAUUAGGAAGGCCGGCGAGUCGGGGAAACGAGUCUUCAUCAAGGACAUAGCGCACUACCUGAUACCGCCGUGUGGGGCGGCGACAAUCGCUUCGUCGCUCUGCUCUCCCGGCUCUCCGGGCGAGCCUGGAAACCCCACCGUCAUUCCCUUGCACAUCCUGCGCACCUUCCAGUUCACGUUCCUAAUCCGGCACCCACGGCGCGCGAUCCCCAGCUACUACCGGUGCACACGCCCACCACUCUCAGACACGACCGGGUUUACGUACUUCCUGCCCGAGGAGGCGGGGUAUAGGGAGUUGCGCUUGCUGCUGGAGUUCCUGCUGGAGCAAAGGGUCGUAAGGAGGGACGAGCUGUGUGUGCUUGAUGCCGACGAUCUACUCGAUGAGCCGGAGGCCGCGGUCAGGAGGUAUUGUGAGCGUGUGGGCCUGAACUACAGGCAGAGCAUGCUAAGGUGGAACGAUGGCGGCUGUGAGGAGUUUGAUAAGUGGAAGGGGUUUCAUGAGGAUGCGAUUGGAAGCGUGGGGUUGGUUAAGAGGGAGAAGAGGAAGAAGGAGAAGACGCCGGAGAUGGAGAUGCACGAGUGGACGGAGAAGUGGGGCAAGGAGGCUGCAGAGCUUAUCAGAAAAACGGUGGAGGAGAAUUUGGAGGAUUAUGAGUUUUUGAUGCAGUUUAAGGAGGUGUUUUAA